UUAUGCGUCAUACUAACAUGAUGGAUAUUUGAAGACGGAAGUGUCAAAACUAAUCUAAUCAACAAAAGCUAGGAGAUAAGUUUGAAUUUAUUUUCAAUUCUUUCAAGAAGCAAAAGUUAAUGUUGUCGGCAUUAAAUAAUUCACUUUUUCCUUGGGAUGGCAUACGUUAAUGUGAGAGAUUGGAAUGUGGACCAAGUGACUGAUUGGCUCAAAGGUUUAGAUAGUGCUGUAUCCCACUAUACGACAUCAUUUUUGAAUAAUGGAGUCACAGGAGGACAGCUACUUAAUCUUAGAGCUGAUGAUCUUGAACACUUGGGUGUUAAAAUUCUUGGUCACCAAGAAAUUAUCCUUGAGGCUGUGGAACAUUUAAGACAUUUUCAUUAUGAAUUAGAUAAGGAAAAUUUACAAACACUAGCUUUGAAAUUAUCUUGUGCGGCAAACUCAUUGUAUAGAGAAUUAUUAACAGUUGAAGAUGAUUGUAGACCUUUCAAAUCUCAGACUCUAUCUGAUGUCCACAAUAUUAUAUCUGCUAUCAAACCAUUGGUAUUUUGGCUUGAUAGAGCUCCCUUUGCUGGUGAUAAGGACUAUAUGGACUGUAAAACUCAAAUGCUCCAGUUAGCAUUUGAGAUGGCUACAAAUGCACAUAGAGAUAUAUUUUCAGAACAGCCUGUAGUUACUAUUAGAAGGAUUUGUGAAAAACUAACCAAAAUGGCAGAUCAUAUUAUUCAAGACAUAUCCGAUCCUAUGAUAUUACAGCCAGCAUCACUGGAUUUGGCUACUUUGAAAAAGAAAGAACAAGAACUGGGAUUCUUUAUCUUGCCAAGCAAUCAUGCAAUUCAUCAGAUAGCAGACAUCAAGUUUGGUUCACCAGCUCACACUAGUACCAAAAUUGAAGAAGGGGAUGAAAUUGUACAGGUGAAUUAUAUGACUGUUGUCGGUUGGCAAAGAAAAAACGUUAUGUUUCUUCUCCAAGAAUCACCACCAGAAAUUGUUUUAACUUUGAAAAAGCGGCCAAGGCACACCAAAGUUUACGGUCAAAUUUAUAUGAAACCAUACAGGCUACCAAGUAAAAAGAGGGGUCAACCUUACUCAAGAUGGAAUGAAAGUCUUCCCUCACCAGUUUUACUUCCAAUUCCAGAUCUUCGUCCUUUGAGGAUUGAAAAGAUACCACCAGUGGAUGAUCCGGUGGACUCAGGAAAUGAGAUCAGUGAAAGUUAUAGCGAUACUGAAUCACCUCCUGACAGUUUAAUUGACAGUGGAACUAGGUUGUACCCCAUUAAACCUAUUUCUAAUUUACAGAGAAGAAAUACUUUCAAUGGUGGUACAAGUACUAGUAUGCUAAAAUCCUUCUCUAUUGAACAGUGUCGGGAAAUGCUGAAAAAUCAAGCUGCAACUCCAAGUGCCAGUUCAAAUCACAUUAACUCGAACUCAAACUUUGAAGAAGAUUCAAAGUGCCUUCGUGAUAAAAGUGCUUCCUGUAGUGUAGGCCUAGAAUUAAGUCCUCGUCCAACAACCGUUAUUGGUUUGUCUUCCAAAAAAUCGUCUUUCAAGAAAUCAAAGUGCUCCAAAAGAGUGAAUUUUGAUGAUGAAAAAAUAGAACUGAACUCGGCAAAAUCUUUGAAACUUCCUGAUAGCAAUUUGAACGAAGAAAAAAGUUUGAGUUUGAACAGUUUAAGUGGGGUUAAUGAAGCUAGUGUAGAUUUUAUUGAUGAAGGAAAAGAAUUGACUGAUAGAUCUAGUAUGACUUCUGGAUGGCAGAAGGAAAUCGUAGAAGAAUUGAUUGAAUCUAUAAAAUCAAAACCAAGCAAGUUGGCACCCCCUCCUCCUCCACCACUGCCACAGGAUGAACAAUCUCCGAAAGACAAAGAAGAGGAUAUAAAAACGGAAAAUACUCGAUCUUUAAAAGACGAUGUUUUGAAUGAAGUGAAGGUUAAUGUACAUGAUAUAAUCAAGAAAUUAGACAAGCAAUCUGCACAAACCAGCACAAACAUUCAACAAAAGCCCAAAGUUUUGCCCAGAUCUCAAGUGAGAAAAAUUACUCAAAAUUUGACAAAACCGGUUGUACCUCCAAGGAGUAUUACAACUGUUAUUACCACCACAAAACUCAGAGGAAGACUUGAUAAGAGUCACAGUACUCCUGCAUAUGAUAUUUCUGAAGAAAUCAAGCCUGUUUGUGAAGUUUUGAAAGAGGAUGUAGGAAAAAAUGAAAAAUUGACUAUUGAGAAUGAAGACAAAAAUACGACAAUAAAGAAAGAAAUAGAGACCGUAGUUGAGGCAGUUAAGUUUAGUGAAAGUGAAACGAUUAACGAAACAGAAACAAUAAGUGAAAUAACUAGAAGCUAUGAAAAGACUGAAAAGAUAAAAAUAACAGAAUUGAGGACUAUAAAGAAAAGUCCAUCAAAAGAGGUGCUAACUAAUGAAACUAAAUCAAUAGAUAAAGAUGGAUCAAUUGAUAAUAAAUUGGAUACAUCUUUAACUGAAUUGCCUCCUUCCUUGCCUGAUUCUUCAUCAAAUACUGUGACUGGAAAUGAUGAAUUGGCUUUGUUACCUUCUGAAACCGAGAAACCUACUGAUUGGUUUUUAGAAGAACAAGAUGUUUUACCACCUAAACCGCCACCAAGAACAUUCGGCAUUGUUGACCUGCAUAAACCUGCCUAUCCAGCAGAUUCUCCGAAGCCAACGAGUUUUAUUGAAAUGGCAAAACCGGUACAACCAUCUGUUAACACACCGCCAAGAGCGCCCCCUAGAAUUUUUGAAUUUCCUGAAACUAAAUUACAUAACUUAUCUCAACAUAAUACUCUUAAAGAAGACAAUACUGAGACUUUUAUUCCGAGAAAUGACAAUAAGUUGUUUCCUGAAGAGAAAUCAGGUAAACAAUUUGAACCCAAAAGUGUAUCUACACCUCUGAACAAAACAAGAAUGGAGAUGCAUGAUCACGAGCCUCCCUCUUAUAAGAACAGUUCCAUGUUAGAAAUCAAUAAAAGUGAUAAAGUAUCCCCUACCAAUUCAAUGAUCCGUGCUAUGAUUUAUUCGAAGAGCAAGCCGAAGAGGAAGAAUCUUAUAGCAAAGAGAAGAAAAGUCACUGUCAAUGAUUUGAGUCCACCAGAUAUCCAAGGCUGGUUGUAUCAGAGGCUGCGUAUGAAACAAACACAGAAUGUCAGUUGGGAAAGAAGAUGGUUCGUGCUAUUGGGAAAUUGUCUCUAUGGUUACAAAUCUAAAGAUGACCCAAGGGCAGCAUGUUUGAUUUUCCUUUCUGGUUUCACUGUUGCUGUAGCUAGUGAGGUCAAAUCCAGAACAAACGCUUUCAAAGUUUAUCAUACCGGAACAGUAUUCUAUUUUUCUGCAGAUGAUCAUGAAACGCUCCAAUGUUGGAUAGAUUUGAUAACUGCUGCAACGUUAUUGGCGGAAAAUUCCAAAACGAAUGAUGGAAUCCUCUUUUCGGAAACCGAUGAUUCCGAUACUGAAAAAUCCAAAAAUUCGGAAAAGCAAAACAGUGAUUCUCUGAAAAAAUUUGGUUCUUUGAAAAAAUUUUCCUCAAAAAAAAGUUCUAAUGCCACUCAGGAUGGAAGUACGAGCUUGGACAGGAAAUGGUUCUUCAAUAAAUCUAGUAGUCAAUCUAAAAAUGCGCUUCCUGUACCAACUGCCCAGUUCAGGUCGUAUAGAAAGAUCAGAGCUACGGAACCACACUCUGAGAGUGUAACUACUGGAAAUUUCACUUCACAUGUGCCAUUUUUUGUACCUCCUAUGGAAAAGCAACAUAUGAAAAAUAUUAGUGUCCCUAAUCUUUCUGUAGAUCCUGUGCCCAACAUUAGUAUAACAGAUAACGUCAGCAAAUUACCGAUGAAAAGCAAACCAACAAAUUAUAUUCAUGCUAGCAAUCCUAGUUUGUGCAAUACUCACGAUCUCAUAGUGCCAUCAACAUAUAUAAAAAAAUCAUACAAGCCACAUAAUGACAAUUUGGCUGGAUUUGUAACUCUUGAAGAACUCAUGAUAAGGCAGACUGAAGAAAGAAAGAAGAAUCCUCAUGCAGCAUUUGAAGAUCCUGCCCCAAUCAACCUAAAUUUGAUCAAGCCUGAUGUUGUUUAUGGGGAAGUGCCCAUUCGGCCUAAAGACAAAAAAGAAAAGGAUGAUGGCAAAUUAGAGGAUAGAGCAUCACAUAAAAAAUCAUACAAGUCUGAUAAAACUAGUAGUUCUAAUGUAUAUUAUCCCAAAAAUCAUUUAGAAGAAAGCCCGGAAUCCAGCAGUGAGUCAAGUAGUUCUUGCUUUGGAAAGAGAUUGGGUUCUUUGAAGAAAAAUCAGAAAAGCAAUAUUGAAUACGAUAACAAGACUGCCACAUAUCCCAAAAUAACAAAAGGUUCAGAUAAGAAAAUGAACAGUUCCUUACCAAGAAUGCAUAAGUUACAAGAAAAAUACAGAGAGGAAGAUACAGGCAUUCAGUAUUUUUCAGAUCGGAAUUUAGCUUCAGCGAAGUUUGGAGAGAGAUCCUAUGAAAUGAUUUAUUGCCCUGAAACCAUCACGGAAACUGUACAAUUUGCUCAAAACCGUUCUCUUGGAAAUGUUGAUAAUUCCAAAAAAACCAAGAUAAAGAAACAACACAGUUUUUCCUCCUCUGAUAAAAAAACGAAGUCUGAAAAAUCUCUAUUUUUUGAUACUCCAAGAUAUCACAAAAUAUCUGAUUCUUCAACAAGUAGGAUCAAGUUGAAAUCUGCCAUGCAAUAUACUCCGAUGUCUCUACCUUUAACUCAAGAUCCAAAAUCGAGACCAAAAUUUGCUUUCGAGUUGAAUCUUGAUGAAAAGUCAAGCAAAUCAUCCGGGAAAUUGAAGCAGAUUUUUGGAAAACAGCAGAGUGAUCAAAAAAAAGAAAAGACAUUCUUAGGGUCUCCCAAGCUGCACAGAGCAAUUUUCAAAAAAUGUAACACAAGUAAUCCCUUAGAUGCUACUUGGCCAAUAGCUACUCAGCAGAUCGUUCUUCAAGAUAAUUCAUAUCUCAUACCAAAUUUAUCUCCUGUUGUAUCCGAGCCUGCAUUACCACCAUCAUUGCCUGCUGCACCACAUCCUGAUUAUCCAGGUUUAGAAUACCCGCCAGUAUUUGAACCAGAAACGUAUUCAUUAGCCGAUCCUCAAAGUAGUUUGUCCAUUUUAAGAAAACAAGGAAAAUGAAAUAAUUAAUCCUUCAUUCAAGAAACAAAGCAAUAAUGUUGUAUACUUUAUUAUACAAAGUGUAUAAUUGAUAGAAAAAUGGAAUGAUUGGAAUCUGUGAUCUAGUGGUGCUGAUUCUCACAAUAAUCACUUUUAGGAAUUUAGAGGAAUACCAAAAAAUUAUUAACAUAAUCAAAAAGCAAUUUAUUCCAUUUUGGAACAUAUAGUGAUCAAAAUAUUAUUAUUCAUUAUACUUUUUUCAGAAUUGAAUUAUUCAGGAGCUGUGACUAGGAAAUUUGUGAAUUUAUUCCUUAUUUUAAAAUAAAUUCUUUAAUAUUCAAUGUAGAUAAAAUAUCAAAUAUGUUGAAUAUUGGACUUGAAAUUUUUAUUACUUAACUUCUUUUUUAAUAAUGAUUAUUAUUAUCCAUGCCAUUGUUUUCUAAAACUUGCCAAAUUCUAUACAUAUUCUAUUUUUCUAGAUAUUAGAAUGCAAUAUGAUGUAAAUAGUACUCAAAGUAUUUUCCCUAUUAUUUUAUAGAUUAUUUUAUUCAUUCAAAGUGAUUUGUAGCGACUUUAUUAAAUAUAUUAUUAUAUUUAUCAA